CCCUUCUUCUCCUUCACAUUACUCCACACAAUCAUAUCGGUCUUCACAAGCUCCUCCACAAAUCCAAGAUUUUCAUACACCCGGAGAAAAGGCGAGUCGGGUGACUCGACGCGAGUGACAGUUUUUCGGAGUUCGGAUUGCUCGGUGCCUUGUUCAGUUGUCUGGUAGUUCGGGAAAGAUAUCGAUGGAGCAGAGGAAGAGCGCCAAGAACGGCUGCGCUGGGGAAAGGAACAGCAGCGGGAAGGAGGACGAUGUUGUCGGGCAGGUGGAGGGUUCACCAGUCCACAGCCAAGUGAGGAAGAUAAAGCGCGAGGAGAAGACGAUGGUUGAUUGGUCCCCAGGGCAGCCGGAGCUCCGGCCGGCUCUUCGGGAGAUCACCCGGCAGAUCUCCAGGUCGCGUCUCGGGCUCGGCGGGAGAGCCAUCUCCGUCGGCGACCCAUAGGAGAGGACAGGGAGAUCGAGCUCUCCGAGGAAUUAAUAAGAUCAUCGGAAGAGAAGGAAGAAACAGAGCAGAGCAGAGAUGGUGGAUGAGAGAGAAGCGAGGGGGUCUGGACUUUGAUUUGAUUUCAAUUACUGUCUAAAUCAAACUCUUGAUUCCCUCAUCCCAUGUUUUUCCAAUCCCCUGUACAUACUAUUUUGAUUUUUAGACAUAUAUAUACAUAUGUAGUAAUUUUGUGAAUUGAGAAUGAAGGUGUUGCAUGUUCUAUGUAAUUCCCAGUUUUUGAUCUUCCAUGGACCUUCCGAUUCGAGCCGA